AUGUCUGUCCUACUAUUCUUCCUUUCAGAAAUAAAUUACUUAAAAGAAAGACAACCACUCGUUAAAUACGAACCAACGAGGUCUGUUCUCAAGAAGUAUGGAGACGGAGGAGUGGCAAUCAUUGAUCAAUGGAUAUGUGCACACGCUAAGUAUUUUGUUGGAACUAAGGAGUCGACGUUUUCUUUUAGAAUUCAAGAAGAAAGGGAUAUCUUAGGUUUUAAUGCGGACACAACAUUUAACUGCUUGUGUUCUGAUAAGGAGAUCGGUACAUGUGAACAACCGACAAGAUGGAGAAUUGUGUAUUAAUAUAUUUAGUUAGGAAUUUAGAUGUUGUAUUUAUAAAACAUGGUCAUGAAGGAAUAGAGUUCUUAAUAUAUGAAAAUGUGAAUCCAUUUUUUUCCCGACGAGACCAUGAAUAUGUAAAAUAUGAAAUUACAAUAUUUUGACCUUAUUCAUAAAGCGCAAUCAGGACCUCGUAUCCUAGGAAACGGGAAUAAACGCGGAAAACAAGCGAAAACUGCUUUUUCUCCCGUUUUUUGUGUGGAAAAUAUGACAAUGUAGCGAUGGUGUUUAUCCAGACGCGAAAAACAGUAUUUUACUGAGAUUUUAACGUCAAUAAACUCAAUAUAAAAUUGUUAUUCCGUAAAAAAUCAAGACAACUAUGGAAUAAAAGUAUAAUUUGACAUUAUAAUAAGCCUAGUACGUUUGUACGGGUUUUAUCUUUUGAUUUUAGAAAAGCCUCUGACUCGGUCCCGCAUGAUAUCGUAACUGGAAAACUUAAACAAACAAACCUAAAUCCUUAUAUCAUCAAUUGGAUUAUAAGUUUUCUGACGAAUCGAAAACAAAGGGUCGUGGUUGACGGAAUUAUAACAAGAUAUGCAGAUAUUAACAAGGGAGUGCCACAGGGAACCGUCAUUGGCCCGUUUCUAUUUUCUCUUAUGGUUAAUGACAUUAAACUCAAACAACCUGAAACUAACGUAUUGGUUAAAUUUGCUGACGAUCUGACAGUUAGUGCACCAGUAAAGUCAAAUUGUGAUUCUGCAACAAUGGAAGUGAGGAACAUUAAAAACUGGGCAAGGAGAAACAGAAUGACUCUAAAUUUAUCAAAAACAUGGGAGAUGCUUCUGAGUGGUGGAACUUCUAAGCCGCCACCAGCGCCUAUAGAAGGUAUUGAACGCAAGGAAUGGCUAAAACUGCUAGGUGUUACUUUCGAGGACGAUGUGUGCUGCUGGGACCUGCACGUUGAUGGCUUGUUGUCGAAGGCCGGAAGCCGAAUGUAUAUUUUAAGAGUAUGUAGAAGGUAUGGAUAUCGGAAGGAACAUCUCAGCUAUCUUUUUGACUCAAUAAUACUAUCGUUGUUUUUAUACGGUAUUGAAAUUUGGGGCUCAGCUCUUCAAAAGAAAUAUUUAGAACGCAUUGACAAGUUUCUUAAGCGAGCGUAUCGAUAUGGUUAUGUACUAAAAGAGUAUAAAAUAUCUGAGCUGAUUGAAACGAGAGACAGAAUUCUAUUCAAUAGGAUUUUAGAUAAUCCAGAACAUAUUUUAUAUGAACUACUGCCUGAAAAAAGACAAAAAAUUUAA